GACAAUGGGGACACCCAAGAAAACCUAAAUAAAAGGACGUUGAGGUAGAAGGAUAACUGGAGUGUAUUCCACCACAGAGAGAGUAAGAUACGACUGGCGCCCAAACUCUCUCGCUAAAACAAAUCUAACCCACUUCAAAAGAGAUCAUUUUGGAUAAAACCCUUCAACAAUUUCGAUUUUCGUCAGAAUGGGAACAGCCGGUGAAACAAAAUACGGUUCAUUCACCUACGAAAACCUCGAGAGGGAACCGUACUGGCCAUCAGAAAAACUUAGGGUUUGCAUAACCGGAGCGGGAGGGUUCAUCGCGUCACACAUCGCUAGGCGUUUGAAAACCGAGGGCCACUACAUCAUUGCUUCGGAUUGGAAGAAAAAUGAGCACAUGUCAGAAGACAUGUUUUGUCAUGAGUUCCAUCUCGUUGAUCUUCGGGUGAUGGAUAACUGCUUGAAAGUGACGGAAAACGUUGAUCAUGUGUUUAACUUGGCUGCUGAUAUGGGUGGUAUGGGGUUCAUUCAGUCGAAUCACUCUGUUAUUAUGUAUAAUAAUACGAUGAUUAGCUUUAACAUGCUUGAGGCUGCGAGGAUCAGUGGAGUCAAGAGGUUUUUCUAUGCCUCUAGUGCUUGCAUUUACCCUGAGUUUAAACAGUUGGAAACCAAUGUGAGCUUGAAGGAAUCCGACGCAUGGCCUGCCGAGCCUCAAGAUGCUUACGGUCUGGAGAAGCUAGCAACCGAGGAGUUGUGCAGGCACUACACUAAGGACUUUGGAAUCGAGUGUCGUAUCGGACGUUUUCAUAACAUCUAUGGACCAUUCGGUACAUGGAAAGGCGGGAGGGAGAAAGCACCCGCUGCGUUCUGCAGAAAAGCGCUUACGGCGACCGAUAAGUUUGAAAUGUGGGGUGACGGGUUACAAACUCGUUCUUUUACUUUCAUUGAUGAAUGUGUUGAAGGUGUUUUGAGAUUGACAAAAUCUGACUUUCGUGAACCGGUGAACAUCGGAAGUGACGAGAUGGUGAGCAUGAAUGAAAUGGCUGAAAUUGUUCUCAGUUUCGAGGAUAAGAAGCUUCCGAUUCACCACAUUCCGGGCCCGGAAGGUGUGCGUGGUAGAAACUCGGAUAACACUUUGAUCAAAGAGAAGCUUGGGUGGGCCCCCACUAUGAGAUUAAAGGAUGGAUUGAGAAUCACAUAUUUCUGGAUCAAGGAACAAAUUGAGAAAGAAAGAGGUGAAGGUUUUGACCUCUCGGUUUACGGGUCAUCUAAAGUCGUUGGGACCCAGGCACCGGUUCAACUCGGGUCGCUCCGAGCCGCUGAUGGAAAAGAGUGAAGUGUGAAAUUCUGAUGUCUUAAAUUCAAGAUUCUGGUUUUCAUGUUGUGUUGAUGCAUGCAUAUUUAUUUAUUUGGAUGUGUAAUGAUUUUAGCUAUUUAAGAGCUCUGCUACUUCUGUGUGAACUAUGAAUGUUUGUUUAUUAUUGUGAUCUGGUUUCUAUUUAUGAUGUUGUUCUGUAAACUGUUAAUACCAUAAAAACAAAUAAUUAUAGUGUU